AUGACUCGUGUCUUACUCAUUGAUAAUUAUGAUUCGUUUACGUAUAAUAUCUUCCAAUAUAUGGCUCAACUGGGAGCUCAGGUCGACGUCAAACGUAACGAUGAGAUUACAAUUCAAGACAUUUAUGCCAUGAAUCCCGAUCGUAUUAUGAUUUCACCUGGUCCAGGAUAUCCAAAAGAUGCAGGUAUAUCCUGUGCUGUCAUUCGUGAAUUUGCCGGUAAAAUUCCCAUUGCAGGGGUUUGUCUGGGUCAUCAGUGUAUGUUUGAAGUUUUUGGUGGAAAAGUUGAUCAUGCGGGGGAGAUUAUUCAUGGAAAAGCUUCCGUUAUGGAACAUGAUGGCAAGGGGCUGUUUAAGGGCAUGGCACCUGAAUUUAAAGCCAUUCGCUAUCAUUCGCUCGUGGGACUACCGGAGACGCUACCGGACAUUCUUGAAGUCACGGCUACUGUCAAAGGCACCAACAUGAUUAUGGGUGUCCGACACAAGGAGUUUAAAGUGGAGGGCUGGCAAUUUCACCCCGAGAGUAUUCUCACUGAAGAUGGGCUGAAGCUCAUGCAGAACUUCCUAGACAUGUGA